UCAAACAAACGCGAUCACGGAGCCGCUUUGAAGCUGACUUUGUGAUUGAUUAAAUUGCUAGCAUUAGGAUGUUAGCAUGCUCAGGGAAUAUUGCUCAUAGAAUGAGUAAGCUCAUGCAACCACACGCAUUUUUUCUUACCUCAGUAGAAAACUAGUUAGACCAGAAAACUGGUCGCGGAAACUCGUUUGGUAAGGGACCCGCCCUUUAUAGAAGAAUAGGGGUUGGCAAAAACAAGCACUUGACAGAAGAGUCUACAAUGGACCAUCAGUCGCAGAUCGAAGAGAUUGUGUCCACAGCCCAUUUUGGAGAUUUGAUAGAAUUUGUAUAUCCCAUUGGAUAUUCACACUGGGGAGUUUAUGUUGAAGACGGAUUUGUCAUUCAUUUCGCUGUCGCAGACCAAAGCCAACUGAUGACCAAAGUCAGCGGCUAUUUGCAAGCGGCCUUCCCCGUGUGCGGGGACCUGCUCCUGGGAGCAACGAAGAUCCGCAGGGUACCGCUGGCCCAGGUGACGGUGCCGAAGGGAGCGCGCAUCACCAUCGGCAACAACGUCCACGCCGGCAAGCCGUCCUCCGUAAAGAAGAUGAGAGAGCGCCUCGACGUGCUGCUGGACAAACAGUUUGGUUACGAUCUGUUCACCUUCAACUGUGAACACUUCGCCACCUAUGUGCGCUAUGGACAGGCUGUGUGUAACCAGCUUCCUGGACGUGCCAAGGACAAAGAGUGUGAGGUAGCCACGGAAAAAUUUGAUGACAUCGUCAUGUCCGCCGAUAUUUCGCGAGAACUAUUCAAAUUCUAACUGUCGAAUAACGAAACAAACGGAAUAACAUCUGCAUUUGAAUUCGAAGAAAACAAUCAACAUUCCGAAGGACUAAAGACACAAUGUUACAAAGAUUAAAGCAGUAUAAUAUUCUAAUUUGGGUAAAUGUGUAGCUUUCCAGAAUAGGAUGAAAUUUAGAUGUACUUUUUUUUAUUUACUUUAAAUUCAUUAAGUAACAGGACAACCACAAUUAAUCGUUCACUCUCAACUUGGGCCUACUUGAAAAUCAAAACAUGACAUUUGUAAUAAAUUAUUUUAUGUAAUGCCAAUAAAUACUUCCCAAAAUA